AUGUAUCGAUCUAUUGUGUUAAUCGUGGCACUCGUCGAGUUGAUCAAUUCGAAAUUAUUGUUAAGCCCACCGCAGGUGUUUAGAAUUAAUUUCGACACUGGUGCCUCUAAUUUUUUUGUCCCAGCCGUGAACUGUUAUACUGAUAAUUUUGCUUGCUCGUCAGUUACAAAUUAUCAUAACAAUAAAUCCCACACGUACAUAGAAGUUGGUACUACUAUCGGACUUGAUUACGCGGUUGGUACGGUUAUUGGAUUCUUAUCUACUGAUGUAGUGAAUAUUGCUGGCGUUAUUGUUCAAAAUCAAACAUUCACAGAAGCGGUAACACGGGAUCUGACUUUUGCCUUUCUGAGAUUCGACGGGAUCUUAGGAAUGGGUUACCCAGAGAUAUCUACAAAAGGAGUGCCUCCCGUUUUUACCAACAUGGUUGAACAAGGCCUAGUGUCGGCACCUGUUUUUAGUUUUUAUCUGAAUCGAAAUUAUUAUUACGGUAGUGAACUGAUAUUGGGUGGUUCCGACCCCAUUCAUCGUUAUACCGAGUUCACUUAUGUUAAUGUCACCAACAAAGGAUACUGGCAAAUUGCCUUGGAUAAGGUAAAAAUGAGGCAUAUGAUUUUCUGUGAAGAUGGCUGUGAAGCUAUCAUACACACUGGUUUUCCGGGGAUAGCUGGACCAGCAUCAGAAAUCGAAUUUAUUAACAACGAAUUAGAUUCAUUAGUACGAGUUGGAAUCUUUCAUGGAGGAGGUAUGAUUGUGGACUGCAAUCAGAUAUCUGAGUUACCCAAUAUUACUUUUUUCCUGGGUGGUAAACCAUUCGUACUCACUGCACAAGAUUUCAUCAAUAUCGGAACGGUAAAUAUAGUUAAAUUAAACCUUAAUGUAUGUUCAAGCCCUUUCUUAAAUUCCAAGAUAUAUUUUGGUUUGGAGGAUAUUUGGGUUUUGGGUAUUCCAUUUCUUAAUCAGGUUUAUACUGAGUUCGACAUGGGUAACGACCGAGUGGGAUUUGCGUAUGCAACAUAA